GGCUACAAUGACCUUGGCUUGAAUACUUAUCCUAAUGUUGCAUCCUAAAAAUAAAUUAAUUAUUAAAAUUAAACCCUUUACUAAAUGUUUUAAGCUUGUUUAUGUUCCUUAAUCAUCCUCCUCCAGCACAUUAUGAGAUAAAGGACUUUGUCCAAUUACACCUUUGUAUGAAUCACUGAGUUCAGGACAAAGUCCACAGAGAUAGAGCAGGCCUCAGGGCAGAACAGCUAGCACAACACCAGCGCUUCCCUAUAAGAAACAAAAGUAUCAUCUGAGGACUAAACUUUAUGUAUAUAUAUGUAUAGUGGAAAAUAACUCUGUAGCACUGAACUCUUCAAGAUGGAAACAACAUCCUCUCUGAUCAAGUCUGUGUCUCGGCGUGUGUGGGCUGCACCUCAGAGGCCUUUCAGAGUUUGUUCAUGGAACAGAGAGAUCAGAAAGGGGCUCACUGCAUCAGAUUUAGAGGAGCUGAAGGAGAAGGCAGCCUACACUCUGCUCAUUUCCACCAUGCUGUCUCUGGUGUGUGAGGAAGACGGUACCGAAGUGGACUCAGACGAGUUUCUCAUGGCCCUGCCAGACAACACAGUGCUCAUGGUGCUGGAGCCCGGACAGACCUGGAGACCACAUCCUUUAGGCAAGAGAGGCAGCAGCAUCAAUCCAGCUAACCAGAAACCCCGCAAUGGUCGUGACAUCGCUCGAGUGACCUUUGACCUUUACCGUCUAAACCCCAAAGAUAUUUUUGGCUCUUUAAACGUGAAGGCAACAUUCCAGGGUCUGUACUCAGUCAGUGCUGAUUUCCAGUGUCUGGGGCCAAAGAAGGUGAUCAGAGAGGCACUCAGAGUGAUCUCCACUGUACUCCAAGCAGCGGGUCACAUGUUAAUCACGUCCGCCACAGUGAUUCGCCGAAUCAUACAAGGAGCGGACUUCCUGCAAGCUCAUGGUGCUCGGGAGAUUCAGACAGAAUACUGGAACUGACUUGUGGUGUGAUCAGGAAAAACUAAAUGCUCUUGCUUUGUGAAAUACAAUUCGAAUUAACAACCAUUACAUUAUCCUUUGUUAAUACUGUCAGUCAUGAUGAUAGAGAAAUACAUUAUUAACAGUAAAUAGGAGCAAUUUAUUUAAUCAAAUCAUUUAAAUGACAGCAUUAUUUAUGAUUAUAUGUCUGUACAGCAUACUGCUUUGUUUAUCACUGCUAUAAUAACUGACCUGUGUAAUACUGAUCUUAAUGAAGCUUGCAGUUUGUAAACGAGUCUCUGACAGUUUAGUUUGUUUUUUAUUGAUGCUUAAGGGUAAUCUAUAAAAAAUAUUUCUUGGUCGGUAUGUAACUGACAAUUCACAGCUUCAUUGGUUUGAAUUGUGAUGACAAUAUAAAGCAAUCAAGCUAUGCACGUUUUCCCCUCGUUAUACAGCCCUCUUGUAAAUAUGCAUCUGUUCAUUCAAAAUGUACAAAAAGAAAAUAAAAUCCUGAAGUUCACUUUA